GGCAAUACGCGAGGCGCGAGGCGCGAGGUGCGAAGUGCGUACAUGUUCACGCAAGAAAACAAUGCGCGUUUGAUUAGGUCAGGUCACAAUAGCAUAAGUCAUUUUUUCUGUUUUGAAACUACCGUUUUUUUGCUGUGAAUAUGAAGAAAAUUAAACGUAAAGGUGGUGCGGAAAAAUUAAGAGAUAAAGAGAAGAAAAAACUAGAAGAUAAAGCAAAAAAGUGUAAAAGUAUUAGUCAAAUGUUCUUUCAGGCUGUUCAAGCAGAGGAAACUAGAAGUGAUAGAGAUAAUCAUUUGCAAGAAGCAAUGAUACAAACUGAAACGGAAAAUAAUGAGAAAAUCUUAAUUGACACUGCCGACGCUGAAAGGAUACUGGAUGUUCCAAAUGAUAACAACGAGGUUGACACUGCCGACGCUGAAAGGAUACCGGAUGUUCCAAAUGACAAAAACGAGGAAACAGAAGCAGUGAUAAAACCAAAGGCGGAUAUAUACGUUGAGGUUGAAGAUCAAAAAAAAUAUUUUAAAAAACCGGACAAAGACAUAAAUUUAACUAUGUUUUUCAAAAUCCAUCCGAAACAACNAAUGGAGCAGAUUCCUUUUAAUCCCCUUAAAGCCUACUUUCGUAAAGCUCAAGAUAAUGAAAGUGAACAAAUUAAAAGACAAUGGCUAACUUAUUCAAAUGAAUAUUGUAAAUUAUUUUGUUCAUUUUGCUUAGCUUUUAGUCAAGAAAAUAAUCGAUUUACUUUCGGAUGCGGAACUACAAAAAUCGAAAAUCCUUACGAACGCAUUAGAGAACAUGAACAGUCUUUAAUUCAUCAUAGAAGCGCAGAGGCAUAUAUGUUGUGGUCACAAAAAUUGGAAGUUAUUAGCUUACUUCAACAUAAAAGAAAUGAAGACAUUAAAAAGAGAAGGUUAAUUCUAGAAANGAUUAUUGAUACAAUAAAGUUAAUAGGAAAACGAGGAUUAAGCUGUAGGCGUGCAAAAGAUGUAGAAGCAGCAUAUACUUUAAAAAAUUCAAAUUUAGAUCAUGGAAACUUUCUGGAAAUUAUAUUACUUUUGGCAAAAUAUGAUCCGUUUUUACAAAAGCAUGUAGAUGAAUGCGUCGCGUCAAGUUCAAAAUUAAACAAAGAUAACUCAGGUCCUGGUAGACCUGGUAGUUUUGUAACAUUUUUAUCAAAACCAACAAUAAAUUACAUAAUAGAAUCAAUUUCAAAACUAAUGAAGGCACGUAUAGCACAAGAAGUAAAAAACGCAGGAAUGUUUAGUAUUCAAAUUGAUAGCACGCAGGACAUUAAUGUGCAUGAUCAGUUGUGUGUUAUUUUGCGUUAUGUGGCAGAUAAAGUAAAUGAGCGUGUAAUAGCUGUGGAAAACUGUAAAUCCGGAACAGGAAACAAUCUAGCAAAUCUUGUUAGCCACUUAUUAGAUGAAAAUGGAAUUGAUAUAGAAAAAUGUAUUGGGAGUUCUACUGACGGUGCGGCUAACAUGCGCGGACAAUAUAAUGGAUUUUCUGCAUGGCUCACUACAACUAUUCCUGAACAAACUCAUGUUUGGUGUUAUGCUCAUGUCCUUAAUCUUGUGAUGUCUGACGCAACGACAGUAUGUACUGAAGCUGUUAAUUUAUUUAAAGUCAUGAAUUCUUGUGUGACGGGACGAGUCCCGUCACUUGUAAAUAGUGUACAUAUUUUUAUAAUUUUGAUACUUUUUCUGUUUAUAAAUAAUGUAUAUAUUGUUAUUUUGAUCUUUCUUUGCGUUCAUCAAAUAAAAUAGAUGUAUAGUAUAACACACACGCCUGCCAUAGUUCCGUCAAUCUUCCUAUAAAAAUCAUAU